UGCUGUCCGCAGUAUGGCCAGUACCUUACACAUGCGCACAGACAUGUCACCCGCGCAGUGGCAACCAUGGACUGAGCUGCUUCGUCCUCAUUGGGACUCAUCAGCUGGGCGUAGUCCCAAGCUAAGGCCUAGAGGCAGUCCUUUUGGUUAACCCGCUUGGGGCUGAGGAGAAUUAUUUCGCACCUUCGUGAAACCGUUGUACUUCUUAUUUUGUUCUUGUAGAAUUGCAGCGUUUAUCCGUCGUUCGGACGCUUAUAAUGUAUCCAUGCUGUUGGAUACUCAUAACUUGGACUUUUAUCAAGGGCACGGAUAUCAUUUGCCGCAGGACGUCAAAGAAAAACCCUACGGCUUGGGAGCUUUUCCGGCCAUAUUCUCAUUCCCUGGCGUAAGUUACCUUUCGUACAUAUCAGAUGCUGAAAUGUCAAAAGCAAUAUGAUACAACUAGACCUUCCGAAUUUAUAUUCCCCGUAUAUUUAGUAGAACAAAUUAUGUUUACACUGCCGAGGCAUCUAUAAGGUAUGGUCUGACCGACGUUUGUUGUUGUUGUUGUUGUUGUUUUGUUAAGUUACUGUCAAUGCGAAGCUGAGACGAAAAUCUCGUACUGAACGAUAAGUAGAUACACAUCAGCGAGGAAGGUCUAUUUUUCCCCUUGUUUUUAUCACUGGCUCGUCUAGUAGCUAUUUUAUUCUUGAUUUUUCUAUUUUUAUGAUGUCCGUUUCUUUUUGUAGGAACAACCAGUUGAACACUGGCCGAACAUUGUAUCUAUAAUCCUCGACAAAGUCCAAGAACUAAAUUCUCUGGAAAAAAUCGUGUACUUUUUUGAUAUUGUAAGUCCCUUACUUUAAUUGGUAAAAAUGAAUUCUUAUUCGAGGUAGUUUAUUUACCACGCCCCGGAAUUCGUCUUGUCUCGCAGAGUAACACGCUUGCGAGAAGAUCCUCAACAUGUCGCAAAUGCACCAAUGUCUGUGAUAAAUAUCUGUCCGAAGUUAGAAAUCGUUCGUCUCUUUCCGACGAAAGGAAAGUGAUAAAAAUCUCUCAAAGCAUGCGUUGUCCUUUCAAUCAUGGUAAUUACCAUGAGGUGUUCACAUCACAACCUAUCAAAGGAUAAGACCAACUUCAUUUUACUGGGGUAGCACAUUUUUAAAGUCAUCCUACUAAGUAAACCUGUAACCUGCGGGCAAACUCGAUUAACUCUCACGAUUUCUAAAAUAGAACGCCCGUCAGUUCAAAAGCUAAAGAAACCUCUGAUUCUUUCGGAAGUUUGUUUUGGUUUAGGAGGGAACUCGGCCAACUGGACCCUGAGAAAAACCUCGAGAGCAAGGCGGUGAAACAUAUCCCGACUCGCACUUGUCAGGGCCACCUGGACUUGCACCACAGUCAUAGACCUGAAAGAUGAUCGCUAGCGUCCUAGUAACCCGUUUUUUCGACCACUGUUGGGCCAUGAAAAUCGCGGUUUAGUGCAGAGAAAAGAAAAUGAUCAAAUGUUGAAUUAGGGCUGUUCGUUUAAAGGGAGAGGGGUGGGUAAGACGGAGUUUUACCAUUCCAACCGACUCUUCCAUCUAUCCCUGCCUCCUAUAUGACAUUAACAACAUCAAGUGUUGAUAAGUAGAAUUUGCUUAAUAGUCCAGAUUUUUGUUUCCGAUCACUUUCAUUCUUCAGGACCAUUAGUUCUAGGCUUUCAGGAUAGGGGUCCUUCUCGAUUUUUCCUGAGGGGAGGCGGGUGUGCAGGUGCGGCGGAUAAGUGCGGCGCAAAGUAAGGGAGGGGAAAAAAAAUAAGAAGGACGAGAGGGAGAGGGAGAGUCUCAAUCCCUACCCCACCCCCUCGCCGUUUUUUAUGCUCACACCUCCUUUGCGUCGUCCCCAUGAUUUGAAAGCCUGGAACAGGCUACCAGCGAUAUUGAAAAGGGAGAGGUUAGAUAACGAUCACGAUCUGGCUAAGCCGUUCUCUACGAUUGUAAACUAGUAAUGUCUAUUUUCUUUACAGCGCGUUCAGAGUACGUACUUCUUAACGCGCGUGGAUCCACGCACAACAUUCGUGGUGAUUUUUAACAGCAAAAGGUCAGAGAAAGACUCUUACGUCACCUCGUUUCUUGGCGGUAAGUUCAGGAACCUUGGUUAAAAUUUUUCACCGUAUCAAGAAAUGAUCAAUUGUACCGACCUUAAUUUGUCCAUCGUUAAAACGAUAGUUCUUUUGUUCCAGGUGACACCUUCCCAGACCGACCCCAGGCCUUUUUGAAUAACUGGAAACCUUCAGCUUGACUAACUUGCGUACCACGGGGGAUGGGGCGUGCUAAUUGAACUGUGAAGAUCUGACAACAAUGAGACGUUUGCUUUGAUCCUUGAUGCUUGUCUUACUCUCACGUUCUGUAAUGUUUCCUUCACGACUUUUCCAACAGAAAUAAAAAGACAAAAGCGGAAAAAAAACAGACGAGAAAAGCGGAUAGAAAGAGGAGAAAAGAAUACGACAAAUUUUACUUAGUGCGCAUGCACGGCCAUGCGUGGUCUUGGUGGCUUCAAUCUUGGGGAUGGAGAAGGGGGACAAAUCCAUUUUUUUAUUAGGCUGAAUUGUUUUUCAAAAACCAGUGUCCCAAUUUGCCUUUAAUCUCAGUAGCACUGAAAAAACCCAGUUCACUAGUGAUGCAAAUUCCAUUUCCUGAUUCCGAAUUCCCGCCUAACUCUCUAGUCUUAUUUAUUUGUUAUUGUUCUCAUUAGAAACGGCCACCCUCCUUAGAAACUCGAAAAUUUUCGCCAUGCUGAAGCAGGGAGGAAAGAGUUAA